UUGGCUAAUAAAUCCGUUAGUUAUUAAAACUGCCGCUGCAAAUGAUUACUGAUAAAAUGAAAUUCAAAUUAUCGCAUUUUUUACACACGUAUCAAUGCACGUUGAAACUUUGGAGUUCUGUUUUUGUAUGGCUAAAUAAAGAAUUUACUUCUCUGUGAUAUUUAAAUUCAGCAUUCCUCCGGAACCAUGGUGUCAUACUGUGUUGCAUUUGAAAGUUGACAUUACCAGUUAUGUAUGAAGAAAAUUUGGUGAUAUUCAUCAAAAUAUUUUUUUCUACCACAGAUAUGUUUUAGAAAGUUUAAAUGCUGUUAUUAUGGAGCUGGGAAAGUGGAAAACUAGCUACCACUGUCGGAGGAAGGAAUUGGCCAGAUCUCUUCAAGCAAAUCACUUCAUAUAUAUUUGUAGAUAAUUUUAUAGAAAAUGCUAUUUUUCCUCGACACCUGACUCUGCGAUGUAGCUCGGCCACUGCUCCGCAUCUGAAGAGAAAUGUCAGAUGCCCUGAAGAAAUACUUCUGCCCUCGACUGCUGGACUACAUAGUCUUCGUGGGGGCGAGGCAACCGAGCCGCAACCACGUGGUCCUGACCCCGGAGAUGCUCAGGCGCUAUCCGGCGGAAGACCACAAAGACUUUCCGCUCAGUCCUGAUGUCGUGUACUUCUGUCAGCCGGAGGGCUGCGUGUGCAUAGGGCCCAAGCGUGUCAGUCUCAGGGAAUCCAACUCGUUCGUCUUCGCCUUGACCGAAAAGGACACCAGCCGAGUGAGGUAUGGCAUCUGCGUCAACUUCUACAGGGCGAUCGAGCGGCGGCCCUCCAAGAAGGAGAAGGCUCGUGAUAGGGCAAAGAAAAAGGCUGUAAAACACAAAGACACGGACUCUGCUUCCGACGGCCGAUUUCUCGACCCUAAACACGAGUACGGUGGCAGGACUCGUCAGGACGAUUCGGAUAACGAUUCCAACUCGCCUUCUCCGGUCAGUCAUCAGCGCAUCAAGAGUCAUUCACUUACGUCUCUGUGCAUCAUCAGCCAUCAUCCAUUUUUUUCUACUUUUAGAGAGUGUCUUUUCAUUUUGAGGAAGCUCAUCGAUGCUUGUAAUGAGAGGAACUUAUCCAGACGAGUAGGUGGAUCGAAGCAAAGCAGUAGGGAAAGUGUUUGGUCUUACCUUACUGGAAAGCUUAGUGAGAAUACCCCACCGUCAUUACUUCACGGAAUCCGUGAGAUAGAAAUGUGGAUGCUGAGGUUACUCAGUGCUCCAGUUCCCGUUCCUGGGAAAACAAGGGUGGAGGUGGAAAUUCUGCCACGAGAUAUCCAACCUCCUCUUACCUUUGCUCUCCCUGAUCAUACUAGGUUCUCCUUAGUGGACUUCCCACUCCAUUUGCCUUUAGAAUUACUCGGUGUAAAUACUUGCAUUAAAGUGCUCAUUUGCAUCAUGUUAGAACACAAGCUAAUUUUGCAAUCAAGAGAUUACAAUGCCCUAUCCAUGAGUGUGAUGGCUUUUGUUACAAUGAUAUAUCCUCUUGAAUACAUGUUUCCUGUGAUACCUCUACUUCCAACUUGCAUGAAUGGGGCAGAACAACUACUUCUUGCUCCAACACCAUAUAUUAUUGGAAUCCCAGCAAGUUUCUUAAUGUUUAAAAGGCAUUGUAAGCUUCCUGAUGACGUUUGGCUUGUUGACCUUGAUUCAAAUAAGGUUAUUAAACCCCCUGGUGUCGAAGAUCUUCCGCCCCUUCCUGAACCAGAGGGAACUAUGUUGGAAACUCAUUUAAAACAAGCUUUAGCCUCGAUGAGUAUGAGUCCCCAGCCCAUCAAAAACCUCGAUCGCAUACAACCUGGAGUAGCAGACCGAUUAGUAUCGCAAGAGCCUCCACCGCCCCCAUUGACUACAGGUUUCAAUCCCUUGAUCUAUGGCAAUGACGUGGAUUCGGUGGAUGUUGCGACUCGCAUAGCCAUGGUUCGCUUCUUCAACUCACCGGGAGUUUUAGCAAACUUUAUGGAGCAUACUAGGACUCUUCGGUUGUAUCCGAGACCGGUGAUUGCCUUCCAAGUGAACAGUUUCCUGCAUUCCAGGCCGAAGUUUUCCUACUUCCUGAGCAAGUUUGUUCGCACUCAGGCGGUAGAAUUUUUUGCAGAAUGGUCUCUGUCACCGACAAAUGUUGCCUUUUUGAGAGUACAUACAGGGGUAUUUGAUCCAACUAUUGUUGGUGAUAAACCUAAAUGGUAUAGUAACCAACUAGAGCCUUUGCACUUCAAAGUUUGGUCUGAAGGUUCUGCUUUAGCCAAUGCUUUGGCUGCUUCUAUACAGUCUGAACCAUCGACAGAUGAGAGUUGCAGUGAUAGUGAAGAUGCAGGAAGUACUAGUUCAUCAUACUCCUCUCUCAGUGAUUUCGUUACCGAUAUGGUGAAUAGUGAAAUGACUGGUGAAGGAGCCUUUGGUGCUGCAGGAACAGAAGAAUCAAAGAACACCCAGGUUCUUUUUGAUCACCAUUCUGUAUAUCAGCCUCCUAGCACUUUGCAAUUACCUACUACUGGCGUGAACAGCAGUGAUUCAGCUUUUUCCAUCCCUGGUUCGCUUUCGACUUCAUCUUCUCAUUCCUCCCUUUCCAGUAGCAGCAGUCCUUCUUUCAAUUGUGAUCCCGAAGAAGAUUUAGCUAGGGCAGCAGAAAAAGCUGUAACACCUGGUUUCCAGCCUUUAGCUUAUAGGUCUGAAUCUCAGGAACACGGUGACGGCGAUGCCGACGUCUUCAGCGGCCAGGAGGCGGAGACCUCGACGCUGACCCCCUCCACCAUUCGCUCCGUCAUCUCCCCCCAGCCCCCCAUCCAGGGUCGCAGUCCGGCGGACAGCCUCGGCAGCGACAUCGACAGCAUCCACGACCGGGAGGUGUCCACCGCCUCCCGGAUCCGGUCCGGCAUCACCCCGGAGACCUCGGUCGACAGGGGAAGCACCGGGUCGGGCACGGCCACCCCCACCCCCACCCGCAGCAUCAACAUCGGCAGUGUCCUGAGCCGCACGGGGAGUCUCACCGCCCAGAACAGCCAGGGCUCCCUCUUCGGGAACAUGGCACGGGAAAUGAAGGAAGUGGCACGGGAGGCGAGCAAGGCUGCCACGGAGGUCAGCCGGACGGCGCUGGAGGCCACCAAGCCCGCCCGGGAAGCAGGAAAGAAAACAUUCCUGAAGAAUUUGCAAGCAUUUGGAGAGCCAAUGACGAACAGCCUUGAAAAACGUACCACUGAAUCUACAGAGAUAGUGACUAGAGAUGGAGGUUCAAGUCCUGGCUCCCUCAUAUCAACAGUCAGUAGUGAGCUUAACGGCAUUGCUGCACAAACUUCAAGCAUGUUUUCUGGAUUUUUCAGUAGCAGAUCAAGUUCCAUAUCUAAGCCAAGAGAUAGGCCUCAACCAUUUGGACCUUUUCCUAAAGGAAGAAAAGUUCUUGUUGAAAAAACUACUCUCAUCAAACAUACAACAAAUCAGCAAAAGAAACAACAAGACGCUCAAAGAAUCCAAUCUUUAGAAGCCCAUAGUACUUCACACACAGAUAACCAAACAUUCUUGAAAGAAACUAUCAAUGCUGUUCUAGAAGGAGAGGGAGUUGGUUGGUUGAAGCUGAGUCGAGUGAAGAAACUGAUGGAGGAUGAAAAUUACAGAAAUUUGGUAGUUUCACGUCUAAAUAAAACACUUGAAAGGAAAAUUGGGCCUGAUGACCAUAUUGAUGAUGUGUGUAUUACAAAAGCUGUUUGGAAAGGAUAUUUAAAACUUCUCCUUGCUGUUAUCUCUGGCUUAGAACAUUCAUAUAGCAAUUAUGGGCUCGGGGGCAUGGCUAGUGCUUUCCAAGUCCUAGAAAUAGUUCAUACGCAUUACUGGGCAAGAGAUAUUGCUGAUGAACAGAGACUGGAAACUGGCACAAACACUACUGCAUCUCUUUCUCAGGGAAGUAGUCCUUUUGGUAGUGGCGAGAAUCUGUACAAACACAUGUCUGAUUCAAGCCGACCAGAAGACACUGUUGGUUUAUCUGUAGCUGGAUCAAGCAAAAGUAGUACAAAUAGUAGCCCAUCAGAAUUUCAGCAUCGCUCAUCUCCUGGAAGUGAAAGGGAUCUUCAUGAACGAGGGCAACUUCCAGAAUCGCAUUGUAAUGUUCAUAUCACACCUUCACCCGAAAGUUCUGAACAUGAAGAAGGCACUGACAUGUUCAGAAGUAUUAUCAAUGCCAAACGUAAUAUUCUGUUUUCUAGAAUAACUAGCGUUGAAUCUGAGGUAUCUGAAACGGGGACUGCUUUAAGUCAGGGAUCGGACCAAGCAGUUCCGAGUUGUAACGCUAGUGAUACUGGAAGCAUGACUACGAAUCCAACAUAUUACAGAAAUCUUAGGAUUAGCCAAAAUUCCUUCAGGUCAACUGUAUCAGAUAGUGAAAUUGAAGCAGGGAAUUUUUUAACCAACCGCCAGAAACGUACUCCGAGCAUAUGGAGCAGCAAAAGCAGCCUCAGUACCGGAUUCCGAUACCAUGGGGGAAGCAUGAUCAGUACAUCUUCCAAUCCUGUGAAUGAAGCCACUAGAACUUAUCUAUUUGAGGGAAUUGUCGGCAAAGAUCGUUCAACGUUAUGGGACCAGAUGCAGUUCUGGGAAGAUGCCUUCUUCGAUGCCGUUUCGCAAGAAAGAGAUAUGGUCGGAAUGGAUCAAGGGCCAGGAGAAAUGAUGGAAAGGUAUCAGUCACUUUCUGAUAUGGACAAGAGAAGGUUAGAGCAUGAUGAAGACCGUUUGUUAUCAACCAUGCUGUAUAACACAGUUGCAUUUAUGGUAAUGGUGAAUGUCAGCAAACAAGAAAUAAGAAGAAAAGCUUGUCGUCUGUUAGGCAAAUGCCACAUAAGCUUAGCAUUCAGUGCGGAAGUAAAUGAACUUCUAGAUCAAAUAAUCAAACUGAAUGGUAAUGACAUCGAUUUGAAACCUCUAGCGAGUCGGCAGAUGCAUCGGCAGUCUUUUACUGUGCAUUCAGGUGUUGAUGCUACUGGAGAUAUGCUGUUCAUGGAGGUGCGAGAUGAUGGCAUUAUCUUAAGAAGUGUAAACGGUACCAUUGUUGAACGAUGGUGGUAUGAGCGACUUGUAAAUAUGACAUAUUGUCCUAAAAAUAAAGUAUUGUGCUUAUGGAGAAGAAAUGGAGGUCAAACACAGUUGAGAAAAUAUUAUACUAAAAAGUGCAAAGAUUUGUAUUACUGCAUCAAAGAAGCUAUGGAGCGUGCUGCAGCUAGAGGAAAUGGCAUGAUGCCUGGAACAGAACUAGGGGGUGAGUUUCCUGUUCAGGAUAUGAAAAGUGGUGAAGGUGGCCUCCUGCAGGUGUGUAUGGAAGGAGUUGGACUUCUUUUUGCAAAUAGCAAGUUCUUUGUAAGGCUGGAAAACAUAAGGAAGUGUUUCACCCAAAAGGGAGGGAUGUUUGUUCUGGAAGAGUUUAACCCCAAAACAAGACAAGUAAUACAAAGGAAGUACAAGUCAUCGAUGGCUGACCAAAUUUGUUAUGCAGUUCUAUGUGUAUUCUCCUAUGUGGCUGCGGGCAUAGAACAGCGGAAACGCAGAGAAGCAGCCGGUUAUGAAACUCUUAGUCAUAGUGAAGGCAAUACUCCCAGAUGGCCACAUAAGAGAUGACUUCUAAUUAUUUUUUACUUCAAUCAGCCAAAGAUGAGACUUUUAUGGAACUAUCUCACAUGCCUUGCAAGUUGAAGUGUCAGUCCAUAAAAACUAUAAUGUACUUCUCAACCUGCUGCCAAUUUCCAAUUGUGAAAUUGGACGUAAUAUAUGCAAUUUAAGUACAUACUUUAUUGUUAUGCCAAAGUUAAAAGGGAUAAAUAAGAUAUAUAUGUUAAUGUUACAUUCUGUGUUUCGACUCUUCAGAGUUACAAUUACUUUUUUAUAACUUUCUAGAGCUAUAACUAUGUGAAGGCCUUUGCCACUUCACUCAUACUUUAUGUAGCUGUGCUAUUGAAUGAUGUAAAUAAGUGAUAUAAUAAUUAUUAUAAGAGUUUAAAAAAUAAAUAUUGAAUCAAUUUUUGAUUGAAAAAGAAGAUGAUUUUGUAAGUGCCUCUAUUUGUGUAUUGAUAAACAGUCUAUUCGCCGAGAGCUGUGAAAAGAAAUUGCAAAAUCUUGAUUAUUGGAAUCUUAAGUGCAAAUGAAAAUAUCUGUGGUUUAUUUAGUAUAGGCUUACAAAUUAUUUUGGCAACCAAAAUGUUUUGGAUUUUCUAGCUAUGAUUUUUUUAAAAAAAAGUCAAAACACAUUUUUUUUCUCUGUCUGUAUAAAAAUACUCAAUAUAGUUUAAAGUUACUACUUUGUAUCCAAUCCUGUAAGCAAAAUAUCAUAUCAUGUCUUAUACAAGAAGCUUUUAGUGCAAAGAAUUUUUAUCUUAUUUCAAAAAUUUAUCUUAAGUCUAUAAUCAAGGUUAAUGCCUUCCUGGGUGUGUUGAAAAAAGAUGCUACUUGAUAAAAGAAAUAUACUGCAUUUAUUGGAAAACUCGAAAAGCUAUGUUUGGUACUAUUGAUGCAAAACUAGAUGAGAAAUUUUAGACUAUCAUAUUGAUGUUAAAUAGACAUGAUGAUAAAAUAACUCAUUAACUAUAGAAAAUACAUGAUUUUUAUUCAGUGAUCAUAUAUCAUAGCAAUAUACUUUGAAAAGUUGCAAUAGCAAGUAAAUAUCUGCAAAUUAUUUAAAAUGUUCAUCUCUAGUCAUAUGUACUUAUAAAAGAAUUUAUUUCAGUGUCAUUCCAAGUGCUCUAGUCAAAUGUAUUGUAAUUAUUUCAGAUGAAAAGUUUUCAUUUUUUGUGUUUCAUUUUGUGGUGAUUAUAAAUAAUAUUUCAUUCACAAAUCAACUGAAAUAUUUCAUUUUAAAAAAUUAAUGCGUUUUAACAUUUUGUUUAGAUGUGUAAUUUAGACUUAAAUAUUAAUAAGUAAUUGAUGUUUGAGAAUAUUCUAGCUGGUUUCCAAAUUUAACCUUAAUAUUUAAAAACGAAAAAAUUGAUUUUAUUAUUUUAUGCAUAAAUACAUUCCUAAAUAAGUGACACUUUAGUACAUGUAAUAUUAUAUGUAAACUAAUUGAUUUUUUUAGGGGAAUUUUAUAAUUUUGUGUUUUGUAAAAACUGUCUAGCACUAAAUAAUUUAAAAAGAAAAUUGUAAAAUUGAAAUUUGUAAUUAAAUAGAUAAUAAUCGAAUCGAAAAAUGCCUUGUAAUUGUUUGCUAAAAAUUCCUUGCAUGUACAUAAAACAUUGCACAAUUGAAAAGCAAUAAUCUGUAUGUGGAAAAUAAGUGUAUUUAUUGUUAAUUAUAUAAAAUUUCAUAAUCAGAAUAUGUAGUUCCUCUUUAUUAAUAAAAUUUUUAAUUUGUACUGGUGUAAAAUUCCCAACUUAAAUGUAAAUCUAGUCUUUAAGAGAGUUUUUACAUUUAUUUAAAAAUUGUCUUUCUUUUACAUUUUAUAAAUAAAAAAUGUUCUCAACA